CAAUCUACUAUUACAGUACAUUUAAAGCAUUAUUUAUAAUACUCUUUUAGUAUACCUAUUGGUGCGGCGCAGACUAGUCUAAAACAAACUGCCACAAUGAUGGAUUCAUCGGCCAGUGCAACUAUUCCUGGCACGCUAUCUACCCAUUACGGUAAAGACGCUUCUAAUUUAGACGCGGGGUACCCGACGCUUCCAAUGCAGGACACGACACCUCGUACAGCGCCACCUCCUUAUACUGAUCACCCUCAGCCUCAUACUGCAUACCCCCACCCGCCACAAGAUGCUAACACGGGGUAUCCACACUCGACCGCUGGGUAUCCUCAUCCUCAAGCUGGCCCGACAGUGUACCCAACGGCGCCUGGAGCCACCGUGAUCGCCGGACCGACCGUCAUCGUUCAAACAGUCGUGGGGCCAGAGUCUACCCGCACGACGUGUCGCAAUUGCAAUGCCCAGAUAUCUACAAGGAUUGACAGGAAACCGACUAUGAAGACGCAUCUCAUGGCGGUGUUACUCUGUGUACUUGGGUGCUGGUGCUGCGUGUGUGUGCCGUAUUGCAUGGACUCCUGCCUUGACGUAGACCACUACUGCCCAAAUUGUGGAGCCUUUGUUGGAUCUUACGCACAUUGUAAAGGUUCCAACGACUUUGACGUACCUAAUUCAUCAGGGCACCCUGCAGGGCCCCCUCCUUACGCAGGAUACCCGCCAGGCCCGCCGCCCGGGCCGCCGCCGGUCCAGGUCACCCCUGCGGCAGUAAUCAUCCAGCAAACCGUAGGACCAGAUUCUACGCACACAACCUGCCGUUCUUGCAACCAGGAUAUAGUCACAAGGGUUGAGCGCAAAGCAUCGAUGCGAACACACAUUAUGGCUGGUCUUCUUUGUCUAUUUGGAAGCGCCGGCCGCAUACCCCGACACGCCAGCAUCAACGAUGUCAUCCGAAGGGCCUUUGUCAGUGUCAAAGUUCCGGCCAUACUGGAGCCCGUCGGUUUGGCAAGGGACGAUGGCAAGAGGCCCGACGGUAUGACUCUGGUGCCUUGGAAGUUGGGACGGCCUCUAGUUUGGGAUGCCACAUGCGUUGACACCCUCGCGCCGUCCCAUCUUUCGGGUACCAGCAGUGGUGCUGGGCGCGCCGAGUCCGCGGCCGAAGACCUCAAACGCCGAAAAUACGCCACCCUAGUAGUAGCUACAUUUUGGAGGCGACCAGGGCCCCCUCCUUAUUCAGGAUACCCACCAGGACCACCACCGGGGCCGCCGCCUGUCCAGGUCACCCAUGUGGUCCCUGGGGCAGUAAUCAUCCAGCACCAACAGAUUGUUGGGCCCGAUUCCAUGCUCGCAACCUGCCGUUCAUGCCACCAGAGUAUAAUCACAAGGGUUGACCGUAGAGCAUCGACGCGGACACACGUGGCUGCAUUGCUGCUUUGUCUUUUUGGUUGCUGGCCUUGCGUGUUCCUCCCUUACUGCAUGGACUCGUGUCUCAAUACCGAUCACUAUUGCACAAAUUGUGGAGCUUUUAUUGGGACCCACGUUGGAUAGCCUUUCUGUAUACCUGGUAUUAAACUCGACUUGUAUAACUCGAGCGAGACAUAUCAAAAAUGGAGCCACUUAUACGCUGAAAUAUUUAAAUAAUUCACUCGCCAUCUCCAGCAGUGUACCUAAAUGUUAUAUUACGAUUACGACGCAGCAGCGAAACCGUUGCAGCAACGGAAAACAGGCGGUGUCACUGUAAAGUUGCUAGCGUUGUGUCAAUGCCAUCGCGAUUGAAUCGUUCUACUAUUUGCGUUACUUACUUUAUCAAGGAAAUUGAUAGUAGCGUCGCUAGUUUCAUGAUGUUGCGUUGAUGUAAUGAAAUGUGACCUUAGCCUGGCUACUAAGUAGCUCCUUUUUAAAUAGGGCAAGCAAAUACAGUUCUAUUGAAAUAGCGAUUAAAGUUUAUUUUCUGUUGUUAAUAUUUAUAUUUGCUUAUACUUAUAUAAAAAUUUUUUAGGAUACACACCGCAACAUGAUAUUUAAAAAAUGCUAUUUAACAUAGGAGCACUUGUGAUAUUCAGAGUUUUCUGUUAUUUUUUAUGAAUAAAACUAUUUAAUUUUAACAA